AUGAGUAUGCACGUCAGUGAAGAUAUGCUCGGUAGAACUUUCGACGGAAGUGGCCGGCCAAUAGAUAAUGGACCAAGAAUAAUAGGUCAAGAUUAUUUGAACAUAAACGGUUCUUCUAUCAACCCGAGUUGCAGAAUCUUUCCAAAGGAAAUGAUUCAGACUGGAAUAUCCACCAUCGAUACAAUGAACAGCGUUAUAAGAGGCCAAAAGAUUCCAUUAUUCAGUAGUUCCGGACUUCCUCACAACGACAUAGGGUCUCAAAUAUGCCGUCAAGCAACUUUAGUAGAAGGAAAAGAUGUGUUGGAUCAUCACCCAGACAAUUUCGCUGUAGUAUUUGGCGCUAUGGGCGUUAGUAUGGACACUGCUCGUCUAUUUAGAAAAGAAUUUGAACAGGGCGGAACGUCAGACAACGUCGUGCUCUUUCUGAAUUUAGCAAAUGAUUCCACCGUUGAACGUAUUAUUACACCUCGUAUUGCUUUAACUACGGCUGAAUAUUUGGCUUACAAUCGAGAACUCCACGUCUUCGUUAUUUUACGGGCUGGACGAGUCGAAGGUUGUAACGGAUCAAUAACUCAAUUUCCCAUCUUGACAAUGCCCAAUGAUGAUAUAACUCAUCCGAUCCCUGAUUUAACAGGAUAUAUUACAGAAGACUUAUGA